AUGCAGUCCUGUGCCAGGGUAUGGGGGCUGCGCCUAGGCUAUGGAGUCGGAAGCGGUCGGCGCCUGGCUGGGGGCGCGGGGCCGCGUUGGGCGACGGGGGGCCGGGACAGCAGUAGCAGCAGCGGGGACAGCGGCACCGCCGAGGCCUCGCGCCUCCUGGAGCGCCUCCUGCCAAGACACGACGACUUCGCUCGGAGGCACAUCGGUCCUGGGGACAAAGACCAGAGGGAGAUGCUACAAGCCCUGGGGCUGGCGAGCAUUGACGAAUUGAUUGAGAAGACGGUCCCCGCCAGCAUUCGCUUGAAAAGACCCUUGAAAAUGGAAGAUCCUAUUUGUGAAAAUGAAAUCCUUGCAACUCUGCAUGCCAUCUCAAGCAAAAACCAGAUCUGGAGAUCGUAUAUCGGCAUGGGGUAUUACAAUUGCUCAGUGCCACAGACAAUUUUGCGAAACUUACUGGAGAACCCAGGAUGGAUCACCCAAUACACCCCAUACCAGCCCGAGGUGUCCCAGGGGAGACUGGAGAGUUUACUCAAUUACCAGACUAUGGUAUGUGACAUCACAGGCAUGGACAUGGCCAACGCAUCCCUGCUGGAUGAGGCCACCGCAGCUGCAGAAGCCAUGCAGCUGUGCCACAGACACAACAAGAGGAGGAAAUUUUUCAUCGACCCCCACUGCCACCCACAGACAAUAGCUGUUGUCCAGACUCGGGCAAAAUAUAGUGGAGUCCUCAUUGAGCUGAAGCUACCCCAUGAGAUGGACUUCAGUGGAAAGGAUGUCAGUGGGGUGUUGUUCCAGUACCCAGACACUGAGGGGAAGGUGGAAGACUUCACAGAACUUGUGGAGAGAGCCCACCAGAGUGGAAGUCUGACCUGCUGUGCCACUGACCUGUUAGCUCUAUGUAUCUUGAGGCCCCCUGGAGAGUUUGGGGUAGACAUCGCCCUGGGCAGCUCACAGAGAUUUGGAGUGCCCCUGGGAUAUGGGGGACCUCACGCAGCCUUUUUUGCUGUCAGAGACAGCUUGGUGAGGAUGAUGCCUGGACGGAUGGUGGGGGUAACAAGAGAUGCCACUGGGAAAGAAGUGUAUCGUCUUGCUCUUCAAACCAGGGAGCAACACAUCCGGAGAGACAAGGCAACUAGCAACAUUUGUACAGCUCAGGCACUCUUGGCAAAUAUGGCUGCCAUGUUUGCAAUCUACCAUGGCUCCCGUGGGCUGGAGCAUAUUGCUAGGAGAGUACAUAAUGCCACUUUGAUUUUGUCAGAAGGUCUCAAGAGAGCAGGGCAUCAACUCCAGCAUGACUUGUUCUUUGACACCUUGAAGAUUCAAUGUGGCUGCUCGGUGAAGGAGGUCUUGGGCAGGGCCGCUCAGCGGCAAAUCAAUUUUCGGCUCUUCGAGGAUGGCACACUUGGUAUUUCUCUUGAUGAAACAGUCAGUGAAAAAGAUCUGGAUGAUUUGUUGUGGAUCUUUGGCUGUGAGUCAUCUGCAGAACUCGUUGCUGAAAGCAUGGGAGAGGAGCGGAAAGGCAUUUCAGGGUCUGCACUCAAGAGAACCAGUCCAUUCCUCACACAUCAGGUGUUCAACAGUUAUCACUCAGAAACAAAUAUUAUUCGGUAUAUGAAGAAAUUGGAAAACAAAGACAUUUCCCUGGUUCACAGCAUGAUCCCACUGGGAUCCUGCACCAUGAAGCUCAAUAGUUCAUCUGAACUUACACCUAUUACAUGGAAGGAAUUUGCAAACAUCCACCCAUUUGUGCCUCUGGAUCAAGCUCAAGGAUAUCAACAGCUUUUCCGAGAGCUUGAGAAGGAUUUGUGUGAACUCACAGGUUAUGACCGGAUCUCUUUUCAGCCUAACAGUGGAGCCCAGGGGGAAUAUGCAGGAUUGGCCACUAUCCGAGCAUACUUAAACCAGAAAGGAGAGGCCCACAGAAUGGUGUGCCUAAUUCCAAAAUCAGCACAUGGGACCAAUCCAGCAAGUGCCCACAUGGCAGGCAUGAAGAUUCAGCCUGUGGAGGUGGAUAAAUACGGGAAUAUUGAUGCAGUUCACCUCAAGGCCAUGGUGGAUAAACACAAGGAGAACCUGGCAGCAAUUAUGAUUACGUACCCAUCCACCAAUGGAGUGUUUGAAGAGAACAUCAGUGAUGUGUGUGACUUGAUCCAUCAGCAUGGAGGACAAGUCUACCUAGAUGGGGCAAAUAUGAAUGCCCAGGUGGGAAUCUGUCGUCCUGGAGACUUUGGGUCUGAUGUUUCGCAUCUAAAUCUUCACAAGACUUUCUGCAUUCCCCACGGAGGAGGAGGCCCUGGCAUGGGGCCCAUCGGAGUGAAAAAGCAUCUUGCUCCCUUUCUGCCAAAUCAUCCCAUGAUUUCAAUGAAGCCAAAUGAGGAUGCCUGCCCUGUGGGUACCAUCAGCGCUGCCCCAUGGGGUUCCAGCUCCAUCCUGCCCAUUUCAUGGGCAUAUAUCAAGAUGAUGGGCAGUAAGGGCCUUAAACAGGCCACGGAAAUUGCAAUAUUAAAUGCCAAUUAUAUGGCCAAGCGACUAGAAAAACACUACCGAAUCCUUUUCAGGGGUGCAAGAGGUUAUGUGGCUCAUGAAUUUAUUUUGGACACAAGACCUUUCAAAAAGUCUGCAAAUAUUGAGGCUGUGGACGUGGCCAAGAGGCUCCAGGAUUAUGGAUUUCACGCCCCUACCAUGUCCUGGCCUGUGGCGGGGACCCUCAUGGUUGAGCCCACUGAGUCGGAAGACAAGGCAGAACUUGACAGAUUUUGUGAUGCCAUGAUCAGCAUUCGACAGGAAAUUGCCGACAUCGAGGAGGGCCGCAUUGACCCUAGGGUCAAUCCACUCAAGAUGUCUCCACACUCCCUGACCUGUGUCACAUCCUCCCACUGGGAUCGGCCAUAUUCCAGAGAAGUGGCAGCUUUCCCACUCCCCUUUGUGAAACCAGAGAACAAAUUCUGGCCAACCAUCGCUCGGAUUGAUGACAUAUACGGAGAUCAGCACCUGGUGUGUACCUGCCCACCCAUGGAAGUUUAUGAGUCCCCAUUUUCUGAACAGAAGAGGGCCUCUUCUUAGUCCUUACUCCCUGAGCUCAAGGAACUGAUCUGACGCCUCUCUCUGGAGCAUUUAAUAAGCAAGAAGUAUUUCACCCCCCACCCCAGGCUCAAGUAGGGUUUUAUAUACUGUGUAUAUUUUUGUACUCUCUGUCAAAGUAAAUGUAAAUACAAUGGGCACAGUGCGGGAGAGCUGACGGUCGGAGGACCGAUUUACUUGGUACUCUGCUUCCACAUGUUCCAGCUGGUGUUCAAGUUGCCUUGAUUGAGAGGCAUUCUGGGUUUUUUUGCAUAGAAAAUUCCAAGUGUGCUAGGAACGCUAACUUUCAGGGUGGCAGGUUUGCAGACUUUAUAGACAGUAUACCAGAGACUCAACAGAAAUAUUUGUUCCAAAUAAGUCC